AUGUCUGGCAAAACUGAACCUCCGAAAUCCCCUCCCCCGGCCUACCCUGCUCCUGUCCACCAGGACGCCGGUCCUUACUACCCGCCUCCGGGAGCUCCUCCAAACGUGCAAUCCCCUCCGCCUCCAGUUCCUCCCCACCCCAACAACAACUACAACAACGGCUACUACGGAGGCCAGCAGCAGCAAGGACAGUCCUAUCAUCCAGGAGGAGGACCGUACCCUCCUCAAAACGGGUACUACGCGCCUCCGGGCCAGCCGAUGUAUUACCAGCAGGGACCGCCGCCGCCGCAGGGGUAUUUCUACAACAAUGAUCACCGCAGAGACGGCUUCGAUGCAGGCGGGAUCUGUGCGGGUAUCCUUGGCGCGCUGGCUUGCUGCUGUUGCUUGGACGCGCUGUUCUGGUUUUAG